CUUUGUACAACUCAGUCAGAUACACAUGAUGACAAACAACAACACUACCAGCAAUAGCAAUACCUUUAAUAAAAUGCCUAACGGUAAGCCGCCGCCACCACCACCACACGCACAUACUCUGUCUUCGUUACCACGCUACGGCAGCGCACGUCGUGAGCCGAAAAUUAACGAACGCGCUGAAAGUUCGCUCUCACACGAGCCACCCUACAGCCAGCAUCUUGCCAAUCAGAAUGGACAACGCACAACCACAGCCGAUCGUUAUUUACGCCUCACGCAGGACCAUUUCAAUCACAAUCACGGUCCCUACGGCAGUAUUGGUAGCAACAAACAUCCUAAUACGCUGAGUGGCGAGCGUUCACCGCGUGAGAGCGAGUGUAAUUACAUACACAAUAACUCUCAUUACUCGCUGCCCUUGGAUCAUGCAUUGAAUGCCGUUACGCCAACUCCGACGCCUCCAGCGUUGCCAUUACGCAACGGACAGCUGAUGCCACUUAACAGCAAUAAUACGGGCAUGCAGCGUAUCCCAGCUUACAAUAACAACAAUUGUAGUAAUGGUUAUGCUACGAUAAGCGGCGGAGGCAAUCAUUUUAGUGGUGGCGUUGCCAUUGGCGUCGGUGGCAACAACAAUAAUGGUAGUUUAAGACGUUAUCACUGAUAUACGCUUAAGGGCGGUUGGUGCGGCACAAGCCGCAGCGCCUACUAUGAGAAAUACGAAUGCGCCUAUGAACAUCCAACAACGGCAAAUCGAAAUAGCUUCGAGAUGUGUACAUUUGUGAGGCCGUAAGAUGAUUAAAUAGAACCUGCUUAGGGCUAAGAACAAGAAGGGAAAGUAAUAGAAAAUGUAAGGGACAUAAUAGAGCAAAGAUCUACAAGAAAUAGAACAUAGUUUGAAAAGACCUGGAGUUGCAAAAAAAAUAGUCACUAUAAGGAUCAAUCAUAUAUUUUUAACAUAACUUUCGCGAAGUUGACAGAAAUAUGCUGCGGAAAACAGUUCUGAAGAAACAAACACUGCCGUAGAACAAAUAAAUUCCAAAGUCCACAAAAUUUUAUAUUGAAGCUACGCAAAUUACUAUAUUUUAUACAUUACUUUAUAGAUGCCAUAAAUCAAUAGUAUUGUAGUAGAAGAAGCGUUACAAAAAGAAAAACCUAGAAACCAAAUAAAGUUCGAGAGGAGUUCUAAAAAAAUAUGACUUAAUGAUUAUGCCAAUAUGAGGACCUAACUCAUCGAAAGUCUCUCGAGAGCUCAAAAAAAUAUCCCAAGUAUCUUUCGGCUGAUCGCAAUUUUAGUGCAACUGGUUCAAAUCAGGACUGUGUGAAAAAUUGAUCUUAACAAUGUUCUAGGAGAAGGUAUUGCUGAAAGAUCCAAUAUUCAGUUACCUUAAAGCGUAUUUUUUUUAAAGGAAGGCCGCCUGGAAAUCUGUACGAAAUCAGGCACAUAUUGAUCCGUACUAAAAAUUUUUGAAUUUGGGUUUCCCAUUUAGUCCAGUUUAUGUACGUUUCUUAUAAGAGCAGAAUCCAAAAUUACAUAUUUAUUAUGGUGCUAAAUCUAGAUAAGUACUUACAUACUUUUUGAUCAGUUGCCAAUUAGUUAUACUUUCGUUUCGUCUUUCUCUCUUUAAGGUUAUACAAUCUUUUAAAAUCUUGACGAUAAAAGGGGAGCCUUUCACAAUUUUCAAGUCCUUUUCCAUACAACAUCUGGGAUUUCUGAAUAACUUUAGUUUAGCUACUAAAGCCAGAGAUAAAAAAUCAAUAUAAAGUGGUACGCACAUAUGUACAUACGAAUAUAAUAUUCCAGUAAAACUCGGUCAAGUGCUGCAUAUGGUAUAAUAGACCCAGUUUAAUAUCAACGAGCAUAACCUUUUAGCACUUUAACGCCUCUGUAAACUAAUUCUAAGGGUAGGGCAGAUAAAUAUAUCGACAAAAAUGGUUCUAAAGGUUGCUUAUUUCUUACAAUUAAGCGUUUUUUUGCCAGGCAGGUCUUUCCACUAGUUCUUUUCUGUUCUCUGAGCGUAAUAUGUAUUUCUUCUCGAUUUCAUAUUUUAUAAGAACUAUUGAGCGCUCUAAUUCUUCUUAUUACUUUUGCCGUUCUCACGAGUCAAAUAAUCAUUUAUGCAGGAAUAUUUUGAUUGGUACAUCUUAUAACCGUAUGCUAGAUACACUAUUUAAGGAUCUAUUAGUCAGUGUUGGCAUAAUAAUAACUUUUAUAAUAACAUUUCCAUGAGUUCCCAUAUGUAUUUACAAAUCCACACUGUACACAAAAGACUAAAGCCAUUGUUCAUAGCGCGUUAUUGAUCGUUGCCAUCAUCGAUAUCGCAUUAUUGUAUUCACUAGUGAUUUCUUCAAUCAUACAAAGUAGGCAGCAAUUUUCGUGAUUUGGUUUUCGUAUUAAAAACCGUUAACUUGUAGGUUUUCCACAAGCAGCUUUAGUUUAUUAGCUAUUUCCUUUUUGAUUGUAAAUUUAUCGGAUAUUUUUAUGUAUAUGUAAAUUAGCUUUAAAGCACAAUUAAAUCGACUUGUCAACAUAAUUAGUUAACGCAAUGAUUGGCAAGGCAAUGCGUCUCCAAUAGAGACUGGUUAGCAUAUUUAUGCAUACAUACUAUAAAAUAAUGUAUAUACAUAUGUAUAUGUAUGUGCAGUUAUGUAUGAUAACGCUGUAAAUUUACUUGCAAACUCGGAAAAAUACGUGUAUUCAGGCAAAAGCAUUUUUUUGUAAUUUAACGACUAGCAUACAUAAAUUGUAAACUUUUUUCUUGCAACAUGUAUUAAAUAAUUAUAAUUUAAUUGGGUUUUAUUUGUAAAUAAAUAUAAUUAUGAUUUUAGUCAAAGCGGUUAAUUGAAAAGCACAAACACCAAAAUAUGCAUACAAGUAUGGUAGUGUGUGUAUAUACUAAAAAAAUGUUGAUGAAUCCGAAAAAAAAUAGAAAACGGUAAAAAAUUAAAAAAAAA